CAUAUAUAAACCCAAUCAUCCCCCUUCCCACCCUUCAACCAAAUAUCUGCAUCUCAAAAAACCUUCUCUAUAACGUUUCAGUUUUCUUACCAAACACCGCACAAAACUCAAAACGCAAACGUAGCACACUCACUAAAAUGCAAACCGUUUCGCACUCACUUACGCCCUCCGUGUUUAGGGAUUCUUCUCACGAGUUCGCCGAGUCUUCUGGAAAGUUCGAACACGAUUUCAUUGCAAAGCUCAAAAUCGACGAGCACAAAAACGAAGAAGAGCACAACGAAGGUGAGGUAGAACAACAAAACGAAGACGAAGAAGAGGACGAGGAGGAAUUUAGUUUCAUGCUUGUGAAUUCCGACGGAUCGCCGAUCUCCGCCGACGACGCCUUCGACAACGGCCAGAUUCGUCCGCUGUUUCCUAUUUUCAACCAGAAUCUUCUCUUCUCUGAUGAUUACGAUGGCGGCGUCCACCCUCCGCUAACUCUAUUCGUCGAACAUCCGGAAGAGUCGCUAUUGCCGUCGCCUUCGGCGACGGACAAACUUACGGCGGCUCCGCCGCCGGAGGGAUCGUACUGCGAAUGGAAUCCAAAGUCUGCAGUGAAGAGCAACUCCACGGGAUUCUCGAAGCUGUGGAGAUUCCGCGACGUGAAACUGCGAAGCAACAGCGACGGGAAGGACACGUUCGUGUUCUUGAACCACGCGCCGGCGGCGAAGCCAGCGGAGAAGGCGAGAAACGUGGUGGUGAAGAAGGUUGAGGUAAAGAAGGGGAAAACGACAGCGUCGUCUGCGCACGAGAAACAUUAUGUGAUGAACAGAGCAAGGAAAGAGAACGAUAAACGCAAGUCCUACUUACCGUACCGGCAAGAUCUGUUCGGGUUCUUCGCCAAUUCCCACGGAUUGAGCAGGAAUGUUCAUCCUUACUGAGAAUAAUUUUUUUCUCUUCUCAUUGAUUCAAAAAUUUUAUUGAUUUGUACGUAAAUAAUUGUUUGAAGUUCUCCAACCUAA